GUCGAUUUAGCACAAGAUGGAUGUACCUACCCUGAUCAAUUCAUAUAAAGCAGCGACCAUUGGACUUCUUGCCUAGUACUUGUUUCUUCCUUUCUUCCUUCCUCCCUUUCAUCGUUACGCUGGGCGUCAACGUUGCACCACACCUUCAUUUGAUUUACAUCCCACACGCUGAGCAUUAUGAAGUCCACUGCGAUCCUCCAACUCGCGUUUGCCGCCGUGUCGUAUGUCGCGGCAGCACCGGUGCGCAGAGGCGUCGAUCCGAGUCUGGUCCCCGAGUUCGGCAUAGCACCAGGCACCAACCCAACUGGUACGGGUGACUGCGAAGGCAACAAGGGCGUCGCGAUUCCGUGCACAUGUCCGCCCGAUCGAGAUUCCUUCAUCGCCGCACUCUCAGCGAAUGUCGCGUUCGGGCACGACGUCAACAACACUGUCGUACCUGCGCCAUUCCCCACGGACAACUCGAUCCAAUCCCAGGUGACGCGCAUCCAGACCGCGAUUACGACUCUGCAGAACUUGCAUGGCCCCGGCGUUGGGUGUCCAGCGGCGGCGACGACGUUCUUGGCCCAAAUCGCGGCGCUACAGGCUCAGCCAGAGAUUAGUAGUACACCUGCCGCCGCCGCCGCCACAAGUUCAGCUGCAGGUGCUGCAGGUGCUGCAGUGGGUGCAGAUCCGGCCGGCGCUGGUGUGAUCACAGCUUCAGCGACAUCGGCGUCUCAGGCUCCCAACCCGACAGCGAACUCGGUCGCACCGACCUUUGAUGUAUCGCUCGUGCCCGAAUUUGGAGUCAUUGCGGGGAGCCAGCCCGAUGGGACAGGCAACUGCAAAGGCGCCAAUGGAGUCUUGAUACCGUGCUCGUGUCCUCCCGACCGCGCGGCCUUCAUCGAUUCUCUUUCCGGGAACGUCGCCGCAGGACACGACAUCAACAAUCCCGGUGUCGGCGCAGCCUUCCCCACCGACAACUCGCUUGCAUCCCAGAUCACGCGGUUCCAGACGGUUAUAUCAUCGAUGCAGAAUUUGCAUGGGGCGGGUGUCGGGUGCCCAGCAGCUGCGACGACGUGGAGCUCGCAAUUGGCCGCGCUAAUUGCGCAGCAGGCGUCGGAGCCAGGAAAGUAGGAACAGUUGUCAAGGUCGUCUGUAGCUUAUGCCUGGUGCUGGAUCCAUGACUUGUCGGGAAUAAUGUUAUACUCACUGUACAAGCUUUGAGGAAUGAGACAUGGCAAACAUUCGAGAGUGUCAUUCGAGUGACAAGGCUGAGAUUCGAAAUCGCGAUCAUGU